GAAUGUUUCUGAUCUUUUUUGGCACCACUACAUAUGACAUUAGGACUGCUGUUUGGUGUACGCUUGAAAAAUAAGUACAUUUCUUCGUGUCAAGCCCGCUAGCCUUGGAAGGAGAGGUCCUAGAUCUUCAAUAAUCAAUACUUCUUUAUGUGGAGUUUUGUGGAUCAAAUUCAAGGGGUGGAAUAUCUGCUUGAAGACGCUCAUUUCGAGCCUAAAUAUUUGAUUGUCUGUGUACAUCUAAGAGUCAAAAUAUCCGGGAAUGGCGUGAAAAGCCCUUUUCGCAAACAGGAUUUCAGUUAAGGAAACUAGGUUUUGAAAUCGACAAAGAAAGCCAUUCAAAGCUUAAAGACUGAUUUAUGUAGCUAUGCUGGAAUCAAUGGCCUAGCAUACAGUUACCCAGGAGAUAGUUGCCACGGUGACAGGAGGGUAAGAUGAUACUAUGGCAUAUAGCCUGUCACAUCUUGGCUUUCCUGGCAGUUUUGGUUUUUUCAGAGGCCCUCCCUAAAGAUCCUCAAUUAUGCCAGUCAGCGAUUGGUAUGGAAGAUGGUCAGAUUCACAACAGUCAAUUAAAAGCAUCAUCUUCAUACACCAUACUCACUGGUCCAGAAAUGGGUCGGCUGAACAGGAACGAGGGCCAUGGGGCGUGGUGCCCCUUCCAGAGAAAGAGCUGGUACCCUAACCAAGAUGGAGGACCCUAUUUUGACCAGUACUACCAGAUCCAUUUGCUAGACCCCUAUCGGAUAAGUGCCAUAGGAACGCAGGGACGGUCCAAGUAUUCUGGUAGUGAAAUGGUCAAAGCUUACUAUGUGAAUUAUAAAAAGCCUGACCAGAAAGCAAAUAUGUGGCUGGAAUACCAUGACUGGAACAAGAAAACUGCCAAGAAAUUCGUCGGUAACCUGGACAAGGUGAAUGUGACCAAGAUCAACAGGUUGAUCCCCCCUAUCAUGGUCAACACGAUCCGUAUCAUCCCAGAGAUCUACCCCGUAAAUCAAGUGUGCAUGCGCAUUGAGCUGUAUGGGUGUCUACUCACGAAAGACUUGGUGUCUUAUACCGUGACGCCCGGUAACGCCCGUGGGCCGUAUAACAUGACUGACUUAUUAUUUGAUGGCGUCAUCACGCCGUCGCUGUUAUCGUCUGGACUGGGCAUGUUAACGGACGGAAAGCUGGCUGCGUCCGACUUUAGAGAAAACAACGGUUACGGCUGGAUCGCGUGGACCAUGAAGGAAACCUCCACGCCCUUUAUAAUCUUCCAGUACCAGAAGGCCCAGGUCUUCCGCUCAAUGACCAUCCAUUCCAACAUCCGGACCCGUAGCAGCGUCGAGCUUUUUGAUGCAGUUAGUAUCGAGUUCAGUCAGGAUGGCAUGAAGUAUGACCAAAAACUUGUCCACCGUGCCCCGGACGUCCGGACACAGUACCAAUGGAUGAAUUAUAAUGUGACAGUUGAUCUAUGCCUGCACACCGCCAAGUCCGUCCGCCUUGAGUUUAAUUACCGUGGAGAGUGGAUUCUGAUUAGUGAAGUUGCAUUUGAUCAUGAAUCCCUUGGUCUUCGUCCCCCACCGACCCCUGCUUGUUUGGUCAUACCCUCCCCGACCCCCUCGGGUGGUCAUGUCCCCUCUACGCCAGAUAAAGGGACUGUGGAGAGUCCGAAAGGAAACCGGACCUAUGAUGGAGUUCCGGUUCAAGAGAGUCGUGGGGAGCUCGAUGGCGGAGUGAUUGCUGGUAUUGUGUGCGCCAUUCUUCUCAUCGCUGUCAUACUAAUCGUAUUCUUCUGCUGGUGGCGAUACAAGAGACGCCGACACAACCAGAAGCCAUCUUUCUACCACUUUAUCCGCUGGGAAUUGAAGCCAUUCAAUUCGAACUCCGCUCACAGGGUGUCGAGGUUAUGCGAGAGAGAGGGCAGCGAAAGAGGUUUCUCACUCAAGAGUAGACGCGAAGUUCCCGCCCCCGACCCCCCUGGGUACGACCCCACGGGACCCAUUUACGCGAGCAUUCACAACCUCGAGGAGGCGGGCCUGGAUCCAAGUGAGCUGCAUGACAAGAACAGCAAUGAGGAAAAUGGAAAGCCAGCACGAGCGAUGAGCCGAGGGAAGCCAAGUAUACCGAAAAACAGACCCCCACCCCUCCCUACAGAGUCGACUGGCAUCCCCGUGGUUGAGUACGUCCGUCCCGACAUCCAGGACGAAGACGGACCUGAUUACGCCGAGCCUCAAUCACCCCUGCACCCUGAGAAGAGCCCCCUCCUGUCCCCCACCAAGGCGCCAAAGUCACCAUCAACUCAGAGCACCCUAGCCUCACUCGCACCCAACCCCCCACAGACCUCGGCACUAGAGGAUGACCACUACGAGAAACCAGUCGAGAAGCCGCUGAGCGGGUACUCUGAGCCUAUCGAUUCGCUUGUAUCCAAUGAGAUAUUCCGUAACCCUGUGUACGAGGAGGUCUACUCGGAGCCCUAUCAGGGCGUGUCUGGUUCCACCCUGUACGCGGACCCUUCUGUUACAAUCAGUAGACAAGCGACGUUUAAGGAGUUCCCGAGAGAGAGGCUUCACUUCAAGGAGAAAAUAGGCGAUGGUCAAUUUGGAGAGGUCCAUCUAGGUGAAGUUGAAGGUCUAGGUCAAAUCCUAGGUGAGGACAUCAAAGAACAGCGCGUAGUUGUCGCCAUAAAGAUGCUGAAGGCAGGCGUAGAUAAGAAUAUUAAGCAGGACUUCUUUAAGGAGGUUAAGAUCAUGGCAGGCGUACGGCAUGAGAAUGUGGUGAGGCUCCUUGGUGUCUGCAAGGAUGACCCGAUGUGCAUGAUCGUGGAAUAUAUGGAGAAUGGAGACUUGAACCAAUUCCUGAAGCAACGAGAGCUCGCCUCAGGGAAUAGCGCGGAUCCGAAUAAGGUGACGUACCAAGCCCUUUUAUACAUGGCUCUACAGCUAGCGGCCGGGAUGAAGUACAUCGCGUCCCACCAGUUCGUGCAUCGUGACCUGGCCACAAGGAACUGUCUUGUUGGACACUCGUUUACGGUGAAGAUCGCAGACUUCGGCAUGUCGCGCCACCUGUACUCUAAGCACUACUACCGUAUCCAAGGGCGCGUUAUUUUACCCAUUAGAUGGAUGGCACCGGAGUGUAUUUUGCAAGGUAAGUUCACAUCAGCUAGUGACGUAUGGGCGUUUGGUGUCACCCUAUGGGAGAUCCUUACCCUCGCGGCGGAGUACCCCUAUGGCGACCUCACCGAUGAGAAAGUCAUCGAGAACGUGCAGCUCAUGUUCUUCCGUCCCAAGUCCGACGCCAUCACUUUCCUCUCCCGUCCAGAGAUCUGCCCACCGGAUGUUUAUGCCAAGAUGAGGUCGUGCUGGGCCAUAGAGCCGUCUGCGAGACCAGACUUUCAUGAUAUUCACUCCUUCCUGGAAAAUCGGGUUGCGCUAAGCGAGAUGACGAUAUGAUUACGUGAAUAACGAGCCGUCUGCGAGACCAGACUUUAAUGAUAUCCACUUUUUCCUGGAAAAUCGGGUUGCGCUAAGCGAGAUUACGAUAUGAUCACCUAAAUAUAUCCGUCAGCGAGACAAGACUUUCAUGAUAUUUCUUCCUUCCUCUAACCAUAAAAUUGUUGUCAAAGAAAACUCUGUAUGAGGUAAACAUCUGUAUUACUGACCGUUGUAUGAGCUCAAGCAUCAAAAUUCCUAUUUGCCAAGUAUUCGACUGUGACUGUAAAACUGUAUGGACGAUACAGCUGACUUAGAUUGCAAGGCGAACAUAUGGCUAUCGGGAUGAUGAUCAAAAAAUGGAAAAAGAGCCAGAAAAACUAGUAAGAGCCAGUAAAACAAGUAAGAGCCAGUAAAACAAGUAAGAGCCAGUAAAACAAGUAAGAGCCAGUAAAACAAGUAAGAGCCAGCAAAACUAGUAAGAGCCAGUAAAACAAGUAAGAGCCAGCAAAACUUGUAGUAAGAGCCAGUAAAACUAGUAAGAGCCAGUAAAACAAGUAAGAGCCAGCAAAACUAGUAAGAGCCAGUAAAACAAGUAAGAGCCAGCAAAACUAGUAAGAGCCAGUAAAACAAGUAAGAGCCAGUAAAACAAGUAAGAGCCAGUAAAACAAGUAAGAGCCAGCAAAACUAGUAAGAGCCAGUAAAACAAGUAAGAGCCAGCAAAACUUGUAGUAAGAGCCAGUAAAACUAGUAAGAGCCAGUAAAACAAGUAAUAGAUAACAACAGCAUGCAGCCCUCAUGAUUAUUUGGUGAUUCGACGUCGCUCAGGACAAUGCAAUGUUUUCUUUAUGUUGUCUUUAAUUUUCACUGGGGAUGAGGUACUCUCCAGGAUUUUGGUUCGGUUUCGCGAUAAGAGUAUUAAAUUUUCAUUCAAAAAGCAUCCCCAUUUAUAACCUAAAAAGUACUCUCUCUGGUGUAUGUGGUGUGAUAGUAAGAAGGUCUAUCAGUACGCGUGUCAUUCAAUGACCAAUUUAGAUCAUAUAAUUUCAGACAUUGAUUCCUUCCUCGUUAAGUCGACCCAAUAUAAGAGAAAACAGGCAAUGUUACUAUAUUUUACUACAAACCAAAUUUGAAUGGUAUAUUUGCUCGGUUGGGAGUGUUGUGGAGGGCAGGAGAGGCAUUUACUUGUAGUUGCAUGAUUCUAGAAGAUGUUAACAAACUUUUAAGUUUUAGAAGGUCGUUGCGCUUUCUGUGGGCCACGGUUCACACGAUAAUCCAUGAUUGGGAAAGAGAAGUAAGGUGUAAGCAUGCGUGAACAGCAGUAUAACAAUAUUUGCGGUAUAAAAGACGCUGUUGUAAGUAAAACGCAAAUUGGAUCUUUAGGGUUACUUUAUCCCAAAAGAUGCUUUUAAAGAUUUUGUUCGUGUAAAACAGACACUCAUUCACUUUUAUUCAUGAUAGGAGUCAUUUUACUGAAAAGUGCGUCUUAUGUACCGAAGUGCUUAUUAGCUAACAUAGACCAUUUUGUAAAAAGUAAAAAUGUACAUAAUUGAUUCUCGUUUCGUUCGAGUUUCCAGUUUAUUUUUGUACUUUAUUUUUCAUAUAUCAUAAAUAAAUAACAUUACUAUUUUGAUGUAGACGAUUAAACCACAUAAACUGCGAAA